GCUCAGCUCAGCCCAGUGUGAGGGUGACUGCGGAUAGUGGGCUGUGCCCAUGGCUGGAGCCGGUGCCGGUGCCGGUGCCGGGAAGCUGCUGGAGGUGGGGUACCUGCCCCGGGACCCCCGCCCCUCGGUGUCCUCACUGUGCUCAGGGCUCGGACCCGCCGACCCCGGGGAGGAAUCGUCUGACAGCGACGGGGAUCAGGAGCCGCACAGACUGAUCAGGAAGGUCUCCACAUCAGGACAGAUCCGCAGCAAGAAGAGUAUUAAUGAAGGGCUGCUGCUGAAGCAAACAAGCUCAUUCCAGAGGUGGAAGAGAAGGUACUUUAAACUGCGAGGGAGGACACUGUACUGGGCCAAGGACUCAAAGUCCUUAAUAUUUGAUGAGGUGGAUCUGUCCGAUGCCAGUGUUGCAGAAACCAGCACCAAGAACAUUAACAACAGCUUUACCGUGAUCACUCCCUUCAGAAAAUUAAUGCUCUGUGCUGAGAACAGGAAAGAAAUGGAAGAUUGGAUUACUGCUCUGAAGUCAGUCCAAAAAUGGGAGAACUAUGAGGCAACGCAGCUGAACAUGGAGCACUUCUCAGGGAUGCACAACUGGUAUGCCUCGUCCCACGCUCGGCCCACCUUUUGUAACGUCUGCCGUGAGGCCCUGUCCGGCAUGACCUCCCACGGAUUGAGUUGUGAAGUGUGUAAAUUUAAGGCUCACAAGCGCUGUGCUGUCCGGGCCACCAACACCUGUAAGUGGACUACGCUGGCCUCUGUAGCAAACGAUAUCAUUGAAGAUGAGGAUGGGGUUGCGAUGCCUCACCAAUGGAUGGAGGGGAACCUGCCGGUCAGCGCCAAGUGUGCCGUGUGUGACCGAGCCUGCGGCAGUGUCCGUCGCCUGCAGGACUGGAGGUGUCUGUGGUGCAAAGCGAUUGUACAUAAUGUGUGUAAGGAGCAGUUUGAAAGGAAGUGCCCCCUGGGUCAGUGCAAGCUGUCAAUCAUUCCCCCAACCUCCCUAAACAGUAUUGACUCUGAUGGCUUCUGGAAGGCUACCUGUGCCGAGUCGUGCAGGAGCCCACUGCUGGUCCUCGUGAACUCCAAGAGCGGCGACAACCAGGGUGUCAAGUUCCUCAGGAAGUUCAAGCAGCUCCUGAACCCAGCCCAGGUUUUUGACCUGAUGAAUGGAGGGCCUCAUCUUGGUCUACGUUUAUUUCAGAAAUUUGCCACUUUCCGUAUCUUGGUGUGUGGAGGCGAUGGAAGUGUGGGAUGGGCAUUGUCGGAAAUUGACAAACUGGGAUUACACAAGCAGUGUAAGCUUGGCGUGCUGCCCCUGGGGACUGGCAAUGACCUGGCUCGAGUGUUGGGCUGGGGAGGAUUGUGUGACGACGACGCACAGCUGUUGCAGGUUGUGGCGAAGCUGGAACGAGCCACGACUAAAAUGCUGGACAGAUGGAGUAUCAUGAUCUAUGAAGUGCCAACCAAACCGCUUCCUGUUGUGAAGGAGGAUGAAGUUGAUGACUGCAAUGUGCAGAUUCAAAUCUCACAAUAUGCUGACUCAGUGGUGCACCAUUUAACAAAAAUCCUUGAUUCAGACCAACACUCUGAUGUUAUUUUGUCCGCCAAAUUUCUCUGUGGGACGGUGAAUGACUUCAUCACUGAAGUUGGAAAAACCUAUGAACAGACCAAAGAGAAUAAGGAGGAAGCAGAUAUUAUGGCAAAGAAGUGCGCCAUGUUAAACGAGAAGCUGGACUCGCUGGUGAAGGCUCUGAAUGAGGAAUCGCAGGCUGUGAUUGUUCCCUCCGGAUUGUCCCCUCCAGUCCCCAGCCAAAGGCAGGACGGCAAACAUACAGAGAACGGCGGACACCAGGACAUCGGUCCUGACUCCAAAUGUGUGGCCAAGAUCUUCAAGUCCAAAGAGCAGCUGAUGCUCAGAGCCAACAGCUUAAAGAAAGCUCUGAAGCACAUCAUUGAACAAACUGAAAAGGUGGUCGAUGAGCAGAACAAACACACACAGGUGAGCCGGAGCGAGUCCACCAUCUCCACGGCCUCGCUGAGGAGAGAGGGUGAAGAGGUCGGGCAGAGAGACACAGAGACACGAGUAAAGACCGGAACAAUGACCACAAGUUCCAGCAUCGUCCUUGAUAGUGACUCAGUGACCACCGUCAGCUUACCAGACCAUCCCAGCCUGUUGCCCUACGCUGAGAAAUGUGUGAUGAACAACUAUUUUGGGAUUGGCUUGGACGCUAAGAUCUCCCUGGAGUUUAACAACAAGCGGGAUGAGCACCCCAAGAAAUGUCGAAGCCGAACAAAGAACAUGAUGUGGUAUGGAGUCCUGGGCACCAAGGAGUUGCUCCAGAAAACAUACAAGAAUUUGGAACAGAGGGUUCACCUGGAGUGUGACGGGGAGUCCAUCUCCCUCCCCAGCCUGCAGGGUUUAGCUGUGCUCAACAUACCCAGCUAUGCCGGUGGAAUCAACUUCUGGGGAGGAACCAAGGAGAAUGAUAGCUAUGGGGCUCCAUCUUUCGAUGAUAAGAAGCUGGAGGUGGUAGCCGUGUUUGGCAGCAUUCAGAUGGCUGUGUCCAGAGUCAUUAAUUUGCAAUAUCACAGGAUAGCUCAGUGUCGCACGGUUCAAAUCACUAUCUCGGGAGACGAGGGUGUCCCUGUUCAGGUGGAUGGUGAAGCCUGGAUUCAGCCGCCAGGAAUGAUAAAGAUACAGCAUAAGAACCGCGCCCAGAUGCUAACCAGGGACAGGGCGUUUGAGAGCACUCUGAAGUCGUGGGAGGACAAACAUAAAGUUGAGGGCCGGCAGAGCUCACGGCCUCGGCUCAGCUCCCAGCAGUCCAUGGAGUUCCUGACUGACGAGGAGGCUGCCCACAUUCAGCAGUUUACACAGGCGGCUGAGACGCUGAUCAACAGAAUUCACCAUGCAGCAGAGAGACACAAGGUCAUAGAACAGGAGCUGGCACACGCAGUGAACGCCAGCUCCCACGCCCUGAGCUCACACGUGGUGAGUGAAGUGUUUCCCAAACAAAACGUGCCUGAGAUUAUGACCAGAAGCUCAGCGGGGGAUGUCUCCAGCGCAGUGAAGGCACUGCACACAGAGACCAAGGCACUGCUUGACAGCAAACUGCUGCAGCUGGAGUCUUCCUAUGAAGAGGAAUUGCAGGCUGCGUUGAACAGUGUUGAGAGUGAGCUCCAGAAGCUGUCUGGAAUCCACUGGCUUGGACAUAUCAUUCAGACAACUGACGAGGAGGAACUCUCUAAAGGCAGCAACAAAAACAGUAUCAAGUUAAAAAUAAAGAAUAUCUCGAGAAAAGAGAAGUUGCAGAAACAGAAAUCAACCAGUUCUUUACCAGUGGAGAAAUGGGCCACAGAUGAAGUAGCUGUUUGGUUGGAGUCUCUCAGCUUAGGGGAGUACAAAGAGAUUUUUAUCCGUCAUGACAUCCAGGGCUCAGAGCUGUUGCAUCUGGAAAGACGCGAUCUCAAGGACCUGGGGGUUACCAAAGUGGGGCACGUGAAGCGUAUUCUGCAUGGUAUUAAAGAGAUAAGCCGCAAUGCAACCAUCUCAGAAAUAUAGUUGCUGGAUUACCCUGGACAAAGGAACAUUUUGGAAAUCUCCAUGGGACCUUGACGGGCACUAUUAGUCUCGUGGUUCUGUUUACUCACGGAUCUCUGAUUUGCGAUGCUGACCAGCAGGUGACUAGGAGUAAGAUUGUCUGUAUUUAAAUAUUUAACAAAAGGGAUCAGUAUAAACUGCUGUCCUGCAUAUUUCUCAAGGCUUACAACGUGCAUGAUGCUGCUCCCAUGUUUCAAAAUGUUUUAACUGUGACUGAAGCAGAUGUUUUGCACUGUGAUGUUUACAAAGAGCUACUGAAGUAAUACUGCAUUAACAGGGGUGUCCUGGAUAAUUAAUCUAAAGAGAGCCUCAGAACAAAGUUGAUUGAAAGACAAUUAAAUUUCAACCAGUCGGAUAACCUUUCUACCCGCUACAUGAUCCUAGGUGACCACCAGUGAAUUGAAUGAGUUGCAGCAUCCUUGGACACAGCUGGCUUUUAUUUAGCGUUCCUGUGGCUCAUUGUAUUCCACAGUAAUAACUUGGCUUAGCAUGUAUAUGGUGAUCCAAGGUAUCUGAGCAGGAAAAAGAUUCCUGUCAAAGUUGGCAUGAAGACACAAUCUAUUGUAAUCUCAGAAUAGCUGUUGUAUCUCUUUAUCUGAAUACUUGGUAUAUAAACAUUAUAUAGUUAUCCAGGCAUCCGAAUAGAGAUUUCACAUUGGCUCCUUGUUAGAAUACUCUGAAGUGUAUCUCCUGUCUAUUUGAAUGAUCAAUGUUGAGGUGCAGUAUGUUUCUCGAUGUGCAUGGUCUGCAUGAUUUGAUAUUGUGGUGGGAACUCAAUCAUGCCAUAGCUUUCAGGUCUCAAUGAGAAUCAAACUCCAUAAACAGCAGAGGCAGCUUCACCUCAGUUAGACUGAGCUGAUGAGGAUUGUUUCUUCGUGGUGAGUCUGCCAGCUCGGGGCCAAAUCCCUGACUGUCCAGCCCUUGGGACAUCCUCCCAAUGUGAAAUACAACUGCAAUUUUGUAUUGUAUCAGCCUACAAUUCCUGUACCCUGUGUAGUUAAGACUUGAAUAGUGUUUAUGAGUAGGGAAGUGGAAUUGGAGUCAUGCUGCCAUCUGAUGGUCAUGUGUAGGCACUUUAACAGCAGGCAGGUAUCCCACUUGCCCACUCCAGCUCAGUUGUCGGGCCAGACGAAGAUGAUUAGUCAUAAAAAUCUAAAUGAAAGGAUGAAAUUUGUCCAAUUUUUAAAAAAAGAAAAUCACCAUGAGUACCCAUGAGAAAAGUCUGUGGAUACUAGGUUCUGUAGUCGGUCAGUAUACUGCUCUUUCAGACGCUUGGUUCAGCCCAAAGUAAAAACACAAACGCUUUCUCUCUCCUGGGCAGAAGGAUUACAAGUGAAAUGUGAGCAGAUUCAUUUCCCAGCACUGGCAUCCCCUAUGUUUCUAUG